ACCAUGGCCAACGUGGACACCCUCCCGGAGUACGAGAAGAGUCAGAUCAAGCGGGCCCUGGAGCUGGGCACCGUCAUGACCGUGUUCAGCUUCCGCAAGUCCACCCCGGAGCGGAGGACCGUCCAGGUGAUCAUGGAGACGCGGCAGGUGGCCUGGAGCAAGACGGCCGACAAGAUCGAGGGCUUCCUGGACAUCAUGGAGAUAAAGGAGAUCCGGCCGGGGAAGAACUCCAAGGAUUUCGAGCGCGCGAAAGCGGUCCGCCAGAAGGAAGAGUGCUGCCUCACCAUCCUGUACGGCACCCAGUUUGUCCUCAGCACGCUCAGCCUGGCAGCCGACUCGAAGGAAGAUGCAGCUAAGUGGCUGUCUGGCUUGAAGAUCUUACACCAGGAAGUGAUGAGCGCGUCCACCCCCACCAUCAUCGAGAGCUGGCUGAGAAAGCAGAUUUAUUCUGUGGAUCAAACCAGGAGAAACAGCAUCAGCCUCCGGGAGUUGAAGACCAUCUUGCCCCUGGUCAACUUCAAAGUAAGCAGUGCCAAGUUCCUCAAAGAUAAGUUCCUGGAAAUAGGCGCACACAAAGAUGAACUCAGCUUUGAACAGUUCCAUCUCUUCUAUAAAAAACUUAUGUUUGAACAGCAAAAAUCGAUCCUUGACGAAUUCAAAAAGGAUUCUUCUGUGUUCCUCUUGGGCAACACCGACCGGCCGGACGCCUCUGCUGUCCACUUGCAUGACUUCCAGCGGUUUCUCUUGCAUGAACAGCAGGAGCUUUGGGCCCAGGAUCUGAACAAAGUCCGUGAGCGGAUGACGAAGUUUAUUGACGACACCAUGAGGGAAACUGCUGAACCCUUCCUGUUUGUGGAUGAGUUCCUCACGUACCUGUUUUCCCGGGAGAACAGCAUCUGGGACGAGAAGUAUGAUGUGGUGGACAUGCAGGACAUGAACAACCCCUUGUCUCAUUACUGGAUCUCCUCGUCUCACAACACGUACCUCACGGGGGACCAGCUGCGGAGCGAGUCGUCCACGGAGGCCUACAUCCGCUGCCUGCGGAUGGGCUGCCGCUGCAUCGAGCUGGACUGCUGGGAUGGGCCCGAUGGCAAGCCCAUCAUCUACCAUGGCUGGACGCGGACCACCAAGAUCAAGUUCGACGACGUUGUGCAGGCCAUCAAAGACCACGCCUUUGUCACCUCCAGCUUCCCCGUGAUCCUGUCCAUCGAGGAGCACUGCUGUGUGGAGCAGCAGCGCCACAUGGCCAGGAUGUUCAAGGAGGUGUUUGGAGACCUGCUGCUGACCAAACCCAAGGAGGCCAGUGCUGACCAGCUGCCGUCGCCCAGCCAGCUGCGUGGGAAGAUCAUCAUCAAGCAUAAGAAGCUGGGCCCCCGCGGCGACGUGGACGUCAACAUGGAGGACAAGAAGGACGAGCACAAGCAGCAGGGCGAGCUGCACAUGUGGGACCCCAUCGACCAGAAAUGGACUCGGCACUACUGUGCCAUUGCUGAUGCCAAGCUGUCCUUCAGCGAUGACAUUGAACAGACUGUGGAAGAGGAGCUGCCCCUGGAUAUACCCCCCACAGAGCUGCAUUUUGGGGAGAAGUGGUUCCACAAGAAGGUGGAGAAGAGGACGAGUGCCGAGAAGCUGCUGCAGGAAUACUGCGCCGAGACAGGGGGCAAGGAUGGGACCUUCUUGGUGCGGGAGAGUGAGACCUUCCCCAACGACUACACCCUGUCCUUCUGGCGGUCGGGCCGCGUGCAGCACUGCCGGAUCCGCUCCACCAUGGAGGGCGGGACCAUGAAGUACUACCUGACCGACAACCUCAUGUUCACCAGCAUCUACGCCCUCAUUCAGCACUACCGCGAGACACACCUGCGCUGCGCCGAGUUCGAGCUCCGGCUGACCGACCCUGUGCCCAACCCCAACCCGCACGAGUCCAAGCCGUGGUACUACGAUGGGCUGAGCCGCGGAGAAGCGGAGGACAUGCUGAUGAGGGUCCCCCGGGACGGGGCCUUCCUGAUCCGGAAGCGGGAAGGUACCGACUCCUAUGCCAUCACCUUCAGGGCCAGGGGCAAGGUGAAGCACUGUCGUAUCAACCGAGACGGCCGGCACUUCGUGCUGGGCACCUCCGCCUACUUUGAGAGCCUCGUGGAGCUGGUCAGCUACUACGAGAAGCACGCACUCUACCGGAAGAUGAAACUGCGUUACCCCGUGACCCCCGAGCUCCUGGAGCGCUACAACAUGGAAAGAGAUAUAAACUCCCUCUAUGAUGUCAGCAGGAUGUAUGUGGAUCCCAGUGAAAUCAAUCCUUCAAUGCCUCAGAGAACCGUGAAAGCUCUGUAUGACUACAGAGCCAAGCAGAGUGAUGAGCUGAGCUUUUGCCGCGGUGCCCUCAUCCACAACGUCUCCAAGGAGCCCGGGGGCUGGUGGAAAGGAGACUAUGGGACCAGAAUCCAGCAGUACUUCCCAUCCAAUUAUGUCGAGGACAUUUCACCAGCAGAAGGGGAGGAGGCGGAUAAGCAGAUUAUUGAAGACAAUCCCUUAGGGUCCCUUUGCAGAGGAAUCCUGAAUCUCAACAUCUAUAAUGUUGUUAAAGCCCCACAUGGGAAGAACCAGAAGCCUUUCGUCUUUGUCUUGGAGCCCAAGAAGCAGGGCGAUCCUCCGGUAGAGUUUGCCACGGACAGCGUGGAGGAGCUGUUUGAGUGGUUCCAGAGCAUCCGGGAGAUCACCUGGAAGAUGGACACCAAGGAGAACAACAUGAAGUACUGGGAGAAGAACCAGUCCAUCGCCAUUGAGCUCUCAGACCUGGUCGUCUACUGCAAGCCAACCAGCAAGACCAAGGACAACCUCGAAAACCCUGACUUCCGAGAAAUCCGCUCCUUCGUGGAGACGAAGGCUGACAGUAUCGUCAGACAGAAGCCCAGCGAUCUCCUGAAAUACAAUCAAAAGGGCCUGACCCGUGUGUACCCCAAAGGACAGCGGGUGGACUCGUCCAACUACGACCCCUUCCGCCUCUGGCUGUGCGGCUCCCAGAUGGUGGCGCUCAAUUUCCAGACUCCAGAUAAGUACAUGCAGAUGAACCACGCGCUCUUCUCCCUCAACGGGCGGACGGGCUACGUCCUGCAGCCCGAGAGCAUGAGGGCAGAGAAGUACGACCCCAUGCCGCCCGAGUCCCAGAGGAAGAUCCUGAUGACCCUGACGGUCAAGGUACUGGGGGCCCGUCAUCUCCCCAAACCCGGACGAAGCAUCGCGUGCCCCUUUGUGGAGGUGGAGAUAUGCGGAGCGGAGUAUGACAACAACAAGUUCAAGACGACAGUUGUGAAUGACAACGGCCUCAGCCCUGUUUGGGCCCCAACGCAGGAGAAGGUGACGUUUGAGAUUUAUGACCCCAGCCUUGCGUUUCUGCGCUUUGUGGUUUAUGAGGAAGAUAUGUUCAGCGAUCCCAACUUUCUGGCGCAUGCCACGUACCCCAUUAAAGGCAUAAAGUCAGGAUUUAGAUCUGUGCCUCUGAAGAACGGCUACAGUGAAGACAUUGAGCUGGCGUCCCUCCUGGUUUUCUGUGAGAUGCGGCCAGUCCUGGAGAGCGAAGAGGAGCUGUACUCCUCCUGCCGCCAGCUGCGGAGGCGGCAAGAAGAACUGAACAACCAGCUCUUUCUAUACGACACCCACCAGAACCUGCGCAGCGCCAACCGCGAUGCCCUGGUCAGAGAAUUCAAUGUCAACGAGAACCAGCUGCAGCUGUACCAGGAGAAGUGCAACCGCAGGUUAAGAGAGAAGAGAGUCAGCAACAGCAAGUUUUACUCAUAG